AUGACCGUCUCAGUGACAUUGGUCACUAUCCUGGUCAUCAUGGCACGCAUGCUCUACAUGCAAUUCUUCAGUGCCAGAAGACACCUCAACCCCGAAGAAUGGUGUAUCAUUGUUGCCGCGACCAUUGGCCUCCCAAGCGCCUGCAUCAACGUCUUUGCUCUCGUCCCCAGCGGCAUGAGCAAGGACGUCUGGGGCCUGCACCCCGCCGGCCUGGUGGCGACGGCGCGCUACUUCUUCAUCGUCUCCAUCACGUACGUGGUGCUCAUGAUGCUGGUCAAGCUCAGCUUGACAUUCUUCUACCUCAGCAUCUUCACCGGGCGCAUACGCUACCUGCUCUGGGCCACAAUCGCCUUUCAUGUCGUCACAGCGACGACGUACUUGCUGGGUGUCGUGUUCCAGUGCAUACCAACCGCCUACACGUGGGAAAAGUCCAACUUUGCCAGUACGAACCCGGUGCAAGGGCACUGCCUCGACCUCAACACAGCGGGCUGGGCCAACAGUGCCGUCAGUGUGGCGGCGGACCUUUGGCUCCUGUCGCUUCCCCUCAGUCAAGUCCACAAGCUGCGCCUCACUUGGAAGAAAAAGGUCGGGGCUGCUCUCAUGUUUAUGACAGGCACAAUGUGA